GGCCGUUGUCAUAGUUUUUUAUUUGUUUAUUCAAAAAUGCUACCAUGAUUUGUACAUCCAUUUCAAUUGAAAAUGUCUAAAAAACUUUUUCCAGAAGAUGCAUUUUUCGAAAACCUUUUAUUAGGUUUAAACAAUACUUUAGCUGAAGUGCCACGCAUAUGCAAUGUAACGAUAGACAAACGUCAACCAUGUGAGAAAUCCCAACUUGUGACUUGGGAACAAAGACAUGGAGUUUAUUUGCCAGAAGAUAUGAAAAAAUUUUACCUCUCCACUGAUGGUUUCAUGUUGCAAUGGAGCUAUCAAUAUGCUCCCAAUGAUAUAAGAAAAGUUGGAUAUAUUCACUUUCGGCAUUUAUUAGAAAUUUCAUUGUUACGUGAAAAUGUUGAAAUGACUACGGCGGCCGGGCCUACCAAUGAUCAAUGGGGUAAUCCACUUCCUGUUCUUGGGGCGAAAACAAAAAUAUUUGAAAUUAAUACCAUAAACGAAGUAGCAAAGGUUUGCCUUCUAUAUGACUCUUCCGGAUGUAAUAUAUCGCCAAAAAUUUAUCUCUUGGAAUUAAGCAAUCUAAAGUGGGUAUUCCUAGCGGACAGCUUCAGUGAGUACUUACGUAUGGCCAUUGCACAUUUGGGGUUGCCCUAUUGGGAAUUGUGUUUUGCUUCAUGUGGUUUACCUUCUUGGACAGAGCAACUAUUUUUGUUAUUGGCUCCACACCUAUUGGAAGAAAAUGAAACUCGCAGAUCUCGUUUAAUUAAUCCAGGACCUGAACACCCCUACAAUGUAAUUGACCCUAAUAUAUUCCGCGUUAAAUUCAAGACUACAUCCAUAAAAGCAGGAACCACAGGAAAGCAUAAAUAAAUAGGCCACUACUAUUUUUCUGUUGUAAAUACAAAUAGUGUACUUCUCAUUGAUUUAAAUAAAAUAUUGCCUAAUAAAAAAUA